CUGACGGAGGAAGGUCACGCCAGGUCACGCUUCGUGGUUACUUUUACUUACUUGUUGAUGUUUCUGUGUGGAGAGAGAUAAGAUAAGGUUGCAUCGUUGCAGUUUCGGUUAUGCGUACGUGCUUUGCAAUGUUGCAAGAAGGUGUUAGACAACUGGACUGAUUUUUCUGAUCGUUCGGGCGCGUUCGAGAAGUUUGAAUGGUUUAGCGGCACGAUGAAGAAUAAUUCAUGAUUAACGAAUUGAAAAUUACAAUGAACUGUUAUUAUUAGACAAGAAUUAUUUUUUUCUUGAUGAAUAUGUUAAACUGCUAAGUAAAAUAGAAAAAGAAAAAGGAAAAAAAAAUACAAUUUCAAAGAUUCAAAACAGGAAAGAACUGCUACGGAAAAGUUCACAAAACUUGAACAUAAACGUAUGAAAAUGAACAGAAAAAAGUAAAAAAAUCAAGACGUAGCCAGGAACAACUUGUCUUAACAUUGGAUAUUGAACAAUUAGUCUCAAACACACUUUAUUUCUUUUUAAUGUUACAUUUAUCGAAAGGUGUUUCCAAGACAAAACAAUCUAAGGACUUAAAGUAAUAAAAAAAAAAAAAAUAAAUAAGUGUAAGGAAAACUCUACCUUUCUCUAAGCAAAGUGACUGCCUUGUGAAGUGUCACUUAUGAAGUUGACGAAUGCCACAAGCGGUCGGUUCCGCCUCCAGCAUGUGGAUGGAUGAAGAUUGAAAAACAACCAGGAUCAAGCGGACACAGCUAAUAACAACUUUCGACAAGUGCUAUCAAGAAACAAUUUCCAAUUAAGAUGUACUAAUAUACAAAACAGUAUUAUCAGUAUUAGUUCAGAGCGCUAAAGAAUUGCACCCACUCGAUAUGUGGAUAACUCAGCUCGUUAUAUCUGCUCUUAGAAAAUAUGGCACGACUAAACCGCAACAGCUGGCGAGUGUUUCACCGAGUGUUGGAAACUUUGUGAAGAACUGUAAGCCGCACGCACGAUUCGAGUGCAAAUGAGCUCACGCCUCACCAGCUCGAGGAAAAAAAGUUAGGACAUAAAAGUGGUAAGUGUUACGCUUUAAGAUCAGAAAGGAGUCACUUUUAGCGCUUUUAUUGCUUACUGUAUCGUAUUAGAGAAGGACUGAGAUGGAAGAACCGGCAUCCUACGUUAUGACUCAAGUUCUCGAAGAUCCUUACAAGUCUAUUCUGGAAAACCUCUCGAUGCAGUAUCCUCACAUCGACUGGUGGGGGCCCUUCAACAUCACGUCCUCUAACCUUACGGACUUUCCUUUCCUUCUGGACGACGACGACGGCGCAGCAGCAGCAGCAGCAGCAGGAGGAGGAAGAGGGACGGGAGGAGCAGGGGGAGGACUGGGAUACAUGGAGAGCGUCGGCGAAGCGAGCAACGCCACCGGGGGAACGGCGCUCCUGUACGAGGUCCCGACCAGCCUCGUUGUGCUCCUGUCGUUCUUCUACGGCAGCAUCUCCCUCGUGGCCGUCGUCGGGAACGCCCUCGUCAUGUGGGUCGUCGCCACGUCCAAGAAGAUGCACACCGUCACCAACUACUUCAUUGCCAACCUCGCCCUCGCUGACAUCAUCAUCGGCCUCUUCGCUAUCCCUUUCCAGUUCCAGGCGGCGCUGCUACAACGCUGGAAUCUGCCCCAUUUCAUGUGUUCCUUCUGCCCCUUCUUCCAAACGGUUAGCGUCAACGUUUCCAUCUUCACGCUCACAGCCAUAGCCGUCGACAGGUACAGGGCGAUCGUCCACCCAUUCACCACAAGGCCUUCCAAGCUUAGGAGUAAGGUGGUCAUAGCCUCAAUCUGGCUCUUCAGCACAACUCUGGCAAUUCCCAAUGCAAUAGCCCUUCGCGUAGUGCAGGUUGCAGACGAGGCGACGGGCAGGGAGAAGCCGUAUUGCGCAGCGGUCAACAUCGACUCGGUGGUGAUGUGGACUUAUUCCCACGUGAUGGUCGGUCUUCAGUACUUCCUUCCUCUGGGCAUCAUUUCCUUCGCCUACAUCAGGAUGGGCUGGGAGCUGUGGGGAGCGCAGACCCCCGGUAACGCUGAAGAUGCCAGGGACGCUCACGUGCUUCGCAAUAAGAAGAAGGUUAUCAAGAUGUUAUCUAUGGUGGUAAUUCUGUUUGCUGUGUGUUGGGCGCCACUACAGACCUACCACGUUCUGCAGGAGAUCUACCCGGCCAUUAAUAUGUAUCGAUACAUCAACAUCAUCUGGUUCUGUUGCCACUGGCUUGCAAUGAGCAACAGCUGCUGCAAUCCUUUCAUCUACGCCAUAUAUAAUGAGAAGUUCAAAAGGGAAUUUCGACUGAAGUUCCGCUGCUGCUUCAGACACUUCGACUCCCUGGAAGUUUUUGACAUCGAGAAGUCCAAGUGUCACUAUCCCGUUGGGGGUCCGGAAGUACACCUACACAAGGACACUGUUCUCUCUCGCCCUCCUGAUCUCAGAUUCAAUGGCGGUUCGUCUCCCUCUCCUUACGUCAUCAGGACCUCAACCUCCACCCCCCUUCCUAGAUCCGUGCACGAGCAUCAGCACACCCACGAAGUCCACGUCUGCGUUCCUCUCAAGUCACAGACGCGUCUUCACCCCGACCUCCACUGCCCGAAGAUAAGUGGAGACACCAAGAUGUAAGAAAGGAAGAUUGGGGAAGGAGGAGGUCGAGAGAAAGACGAAAAAAAACGGUGAUUUUGUGGGUGUGGCUUGAGUUAUUGUGGGGUGCGGUAGACAGUAAUUGCGCCCCUCUUGGAGCAAGAACUAUGAGUUGGAGAAGUUUCCCGAGAACAGUUACACAGUACGAGUAACUUGGGGCGUUCACCCUGUGUCCUGAAAUUGUAUGCAGUAAUAUAUAUAUAUAUAUAUAUAUAUAUAUAUAUAUAUAUAUAUA